AUGAGUAAUAUGAGCGCACGUGUUUACGUGGGACGCUUGUCCUACAGAGCGUCCGAACGUGACAUCGAGCAUUUCUUUCGUGGUUAUGGACGCAUACGUGAUAUUGUUCUGAAGAAUGGUUUUGGUUUCGUGGAAUUUGACGAUCCGCGGGAUGCAGACGAUGCAGUAUAUGAGUUGAAUGGAAAAGAGCUUUGCGGUGAACGUGUGAUCUUGGAGUUUUCGCGUCGUGGACCUCGAAGUCGUAUGGGAUUUGGUGGCUUUGAUCGAUUUCCUCCACCGAGACGGGAAUCAAGAUAUGGUCCACCUCAACAGACACGCUAUCGAUUGAUUGUUGAAAACCUUUCUUCUCGUUGUUCGUGGCAGUCGCGAGCUGGUGCAGCUCAAAAUGGUUUAUCGUUGGUGCGUAGGCGUCUUGUUAUUGGUGCAUUCGGGCCCGGACUCGUGUUUCGGUGCUUGUUUCGUUUCGUUCUGAUGUCGCAGGUUGAGGCUAGUGGUGGUGUACUGCCGCAUCGUGAGGGCCACAUCAGAACAUGA